AUGCUAAAAUUUAUUAUUCCUACUAUUAUACUAAUACCAUUAACCUGAUUAUCAAAAAAUAGUUACAUCUGAAUUAACUCCACAGCCCAUAGCUUACUAAUUAGCUUUACAAGCCUUCUACUCCUCAAUCAAUUCAAUGAUAAUAGCCUUAAUUAUUCCCUAACAUUCUUCUCUGACUCCCUUUCCACACCACUUCUAAUAUUAACAAUAUGACUUCUCCCUCUAAUACUAAUAGCAAGUCAAUAUCAUCUUCUUAAAGAACCACUUAUCCGAAAAAAACUCUAUAUCACAAUACUAAUUAUACUACAAGCAUUUUUAAUUAUAACAUUCACUGCCACAGAACUAAUCUUAUUCUACAUUAUAUUCGAAGCAACACUAGUUCCAACCCUGAUUAUUAUUACUCGCUGAGGUAAUCAAACAGAACGACUCAACGCAGGACUUUAUUUCUUAUUCUAUACAUUAAUUGGGUCUCUCCCAUUACUAGUAGCACUAACAUAUUUACAAAACACAAUAGGAACCCUAAAUUUUCUUUUACUACAACAUUGAGUCCAACCAUUACCCCCAUCUUGAUCCAAUACUCUAAUAUGACUAGCCUGCAUAAUAGCUUUUCUAGUAAAAAUACCCCUCUAUGGAUUACAUCUCUGACUACCUAAAGCACAUGUAGAGGCUCCUAUUGCAGGUUCAAUAGUUCUUGCAGCCGUGCUUCUAAAACUAGGAGGUUACGGCAUACUACGAAUUACACCACUACUUAACCCUUUAACAGAACAUAUAGCUUAUCCAUUUCUCGUGCUAUCUCUUUGAGGAAUAAUUAUAACCAGCUCUAUCUGUCUACGCCAAACAGACUUAAAAUCACUUAUCGCAUACUCUUCAGUAAGCCAUAUAGCACUCGUCAUCGCAGCCAUCCUAAUUCAAACACCUUGAAGUUACAUAGGAGCUACUGCCCUAAUAAUUGCCCACGGCCUAACUUCCUCUAUAUUAUUCUGUUUAGCAAAUUCAAACUAUGAACGAACCCACAGUCGAACUAUAAUUUUAGCACGAGGCCUACAAAUUUUCCUUCCACUAAUAGCUACUUGAUGAUUACUGGCAAGCUUAACAAAUCUUGCUUUACCCCCUACCAUUAACUUAAUUGGAGAGCUACUCGUAGUCAUAUCAACUUUCUCAUGAUCAAAUCUUACCAUCAUUCUAAUAGGAAUAAAUAUUGUAAUUACAGCUCUAUACUCCCUAUAUAUAUUGAUUAUAACACAACGCGGCAAACAUACACACCAUAUCAAUAACCUCACCCCCUCUUUUACACGAGAGCAUGCUCUAAUAGCCCUACAUAUUAUACCAUUAUUACUCCUAUCUCUAAAUCCCAAAAUCAUUAUAGGUUUCCUCUACU